GCUGGCGCCGCCCGAGGUGUCACACAGGAGGAAGCCUCGCCCCGCCCCUGCGUGCGCCGACUCUCCCAGGCCCCGCCUCUCACCCCCUUUCUGGACCCUCUGCUGGGCAGAGCCACCAGAACGACCACACGUCCCGCGCGCUCCAGGCUGCACUCGAGAGCCAGAAGAGCUCCAUGGCAGCGGCGGCCAAGCCCGAGAACCUCUCCUUGGUGGUGCAUGGACCGGGGGACUUGCGCCUGGAGAACUAUCCUAUACCUGAACCAGGCCCAAAUGAGGUAUUGCUGAGGAUGCAUUCUGUUGGAAUCUGUGGCUCAGACGUCCACUACUGGCAGCAUGGUCGAAUUGGGGAUUUUAUUGUGAAAAAGCCCAUGGUGCUGGGACAUGAAGCUUCCGGAAGAGUCGUAAAAGUGGGAUCAUUGGUAAAGCACCUAAAACCAGGUGAUCGUGUUGCCAUCGAGCCUGGUGCUCCCCGAGAAACUGAUGAAUUCUGCAAGAUUGGCCGAUACAACCUGUCGCCUACCAUCUUCUUCUGUGCCACACCCCCCGAUGAUGGGAACCUCUGCCGGUUCUACAAGCACAAUGCAGCCUUCUGCUACAAGCUUCCUGACAACGUCACCUUUGAGGAAGGUGCCCUGAUUGAGCCACUUUCUGUGGGGAUCCAUGCCUGCAGGAGAGGCGGAGUUACCCUGGGGAACAAGGUCCUUGUGUGUGGAGCUGGGCCAAUCGGGCUGGUCACAAUGCUCGUGGCCAAGGCAAUGGGAGCAUCUCAAGUAGUGAUGACUGAUCUGUCUGCUCCCCGGUUAUCCAAAGCCAAGGAGAUCGGGGCUGAUUUAGUCCUCCAGAUCUCCAAGGAGAGCCCUCAGGAAAUCGCCAGUAAGGUAGAAGGUCUGCUGGGAUGCAAGCCGGAAGUCACCAUUGAGUGCACCGGGGCAGAGGCCUCCAUCCAGGCGGGCAUCUACGCCACUCGCUCUGGUGGGACCCUGGUGCUUGUGGGGCUGGGCUCUGAGAUGACCACUGUGCCCCUAGUGCAUGCAGCCACCCGGGAGGUGGAUAUCAAGGGCGUGUUUCGAUACAGCAACACGUGGCCGAUGGCGAUUUCGAUGCUUGAGUCCAAGUCUGUGAACGUAAUGCCACUCAUCACCCAUAGGUUUCCUCUGGAGAAAGCUCUGGAGGCCUUUGAAACAUCCAAAAAGGGAUUGGGGUUGAAAGUCAUGCUCAAGUGUGACCCCAAUGACCAGAAUCCCUGAUGUGAAUUGGCUCUGCCCUCAUCCUCAGUCUUGGGAAUCUCAGGACAGAAUGGCUGGACAGGGGUGGGCUUUGAUGCAGAACUUUCUGUCCUGAAUGUUAAGAACAAUUAAUACAAUUCAUUACAAACAGAAGGCCUUACACAGAGGAAUUGGUGUGCCUUAAAGAUACAAUUUGGGAUAGUUUUGGGGAACUUGUAGCCAGAAUGACCUGUUAAUGCUGAGCAAAGUGCAGCAAGUAGAGCAAAGUUUGGCAGGCAGGUGCCAGGAAAUUCCCUUCUUCCUGGAGUGCCUUCCUUGAGUAAGGAAGUCUGGCCCUUGGGUUUCCUGGUUCCACUGCUAAUGACCAGGAGGGGAAUGAGGGCUGAGUUAUAAAGAGACAACUUCUUGAAGACUUAACAGGCCCAGAAGCGGAUUUUCAUGGAAAUCUGCUACUCAGGGUCUGGGAUGAAGGCUUGUCAGCACUUUCAGUUUAGAAUGCAAUGUUCCUAGAGACACAUUGGCUAUUUGGUUUGAUGAUAAAAGGAGAAUAAAAAAAGGCAUCACUUUCCUGGAUCCAGGAUAAUUUUAAAACCAACCAAAUUAAUAUAAUUCAUUAUAUUAAUAUAUUAAAGGCUAUAGGUUAAACCAGCUUGCAUUCCCCUAAUAUGGAAACAUUAAGAGGGCUUCUCAGCACUGUGUGAAGAUUGCCUCUUCUUCAACUCCUGAGAAUUGUGUUACUUCACUUGCCAAGUGAAGGACCCCCUCCCCGACAUACCCUGUCCCACCUCCAGGCAUGGUCCCUUGUCACCAGGCAGCCAAGAAACUGCUACCUACGGACAUCACCAGAGACCAGGAGGGUUUGGCUGGCUCACAAGACUUCCCUACCCUGCAAGAUUAUCAUCCCCUCCUAGGCUCAUACUCACUGAUGAUUAUUAGACAAUUCCAUUUCUUUCUGGUUAUUAUAAACAGAAAAUCUUUCCUCUUCUCAUUGCCCAUAAAGGCUCUUGGUAUCUUUCUGUUGGAAUGAUUUCUAUGAAUUUGUUUUAUUUUCAUGGUGGGUUUUUUCCUGGUAAGAUUUGGAUCCAAAUCACAUCAUGCCCAUUUGUGACUUCAAGAUUAUUCAUCAAGAAUGAGGAUAUAGUAGCCAUGACAUAGCUUGAACUAUGACCUUUAAUCCCUUACUUUGGCUGCAGGUGGAGGGUGAGUUUGAAGAGGUUCUGAUUUUCUUGUAACUUGGGAAAGCCAUGUCCUUGUGCCUGAAUCUUUCAAAGUGCUUUGGGUAAUAAAUAUUGUUCAUGGUAUCUGA